GAUACAACUAAUUUCCAUAUUUACCUUAUAAUCACGGUGGUCGGCAAGGAUACAAGUAUGCAACCACCAACGGUGUGUAUUUCCGUGAUUGUUCAUUGGCGUAAUAAGGAAGCAGGCUGUGUUUCGGUUAGGACUGAUGAAGCACUUUGGGAACUGAAGAAGAAGAUACAGGAGGUGAUUUUUUUGGAUGCGAAUAACCAAGAACUUGUGCUUGAAGAUAGACGGCUACUCGGCGAUGAUCUUCCAAUAAGCUCCUUUGGAAUUACCAAUUACGUAGCAGUCUUUAGGAAAUUUCGAGUUAGUAUAAAAAAAGAGGAUCUUCUUAAUCCUAUAUAUGUAACUGCCGACAAUGGUAUGACCGUGGAGCAACUGAAGCUGAAGGCUCUCAACAUUUUUUACGGUUCCGGUUCCUAUAGUGAGCACUGUUAUUUUCUCCAACGAGAGGGACAAGAGGAUAUGGUACUUGAUAAUCAUUUGACUUUGCCUAGUGUUAAUGUUGACGAAGGUUCUGCUUUGAAUCUUGUAUUUAAGAAAUAUGAAUAAUGAUCAUCUACUAGUAAUUAAUGAAAAUAUGAAUAACGAUCAUCUAUUGGAAUUGAUGAAUAUGCACGCUUGCUUUAUGCUAAAUAAAUGUAACUUGGAUUAAAUGAAAUAUAUA